ACAGAUACAAACUCUCUCUCUCUCUAUAUCUCUCUAUAUCUAUACAUACAGAAAAUCAGUUAAUCCCCAUUCCUCUUCCCAUUACAGAACACUCUGUUUUUUCCCCUGUUUCUAAUUGAGAAACUAUAUAACCCGUCCAAAUAUGACUCAACAAAAUGUGGUUGUCCCCAAAUCCAAUCUCAACAUCGCCAUAACAGUGGCGGUCUCAAACUCCGCCGCCAUCUUCUCCACCGCCACCCACAAACCACCCAGCGUCCCCGUCGGCGGCGGCGGCUUCAUGAACUUGGCCAUUUCAACCAAGAAUCUCCUCCAUAACCUGGACCCCAAUGGUGCCGCCAAAAUCAAUUCCUGGGUUGACUCAAUGAGAGCUUCUUCCCCUACCCCUGCCCAGAAGUGCUCUCUCUCUGAAGACCAAAGCUCCUGGAAGCUGCAACAUCCCUCCGCUCUAGACAUGUUCGAGCAGAUAAUAAAAGCUUCGAAGGGAAAGAAAAUUGUGAUGUUUUUGGACUACGACGGGACCCUUUCCCCCAUCGUCGACGACCCUGAUCGUGCCUUCAUGUCCGACGCGAUGAGGGCAACCGUGAGAAAACUCGCUAGAUAUUUCCCGACUGCCAUAGUCAGCGGAAGGUGCAGAGACAAGGUCUACAAUUUUGUAAGAUUGGCUGAGUUGUACUAUGCCGGGAGCCAUGGCAUGGACAUAAAAGGCCCUUCAAAAGGUUCCAAAUACAUGAAAGGAGCUCAGAGUGUUCAUUUCCAACCAGCUAGUGAAUUUCUCCCCAUGAUCAACGAGGUGUACACAACCCUGUUGGAUAAAAUUAAAUCCAUUCCUGGUGCUACAGUGGAGCACAACAAAUUUUGUGUGUCCGUACACUUCCGUUGCGUGGAACAAAACAAAUGGGGUGAGCUAGCACAAGAAGUUAGAUCAGUUCUUAAACAAUACCCAAAGCUUCGAUUAUCUCAAGGAAGAAAAGUGUUAGAGAUCCGACCAACAAUUAAGUGGGACAAAGGCAAAGCUCUCGAGUUCUUGCUCGAAUCUCUUGGAUAUGCUAACUGUACUGACGUCUUCCCUGUAUAUAUUGGAGAUGAUAGGACCGAUGAAGAUGCUUUCAAGGUCUUGAGAGAAAGAGGACAAGGUUUUGGCAUUCUUGUCUCUAAAAGUCCAAAAGACACCCAUGCUUCCUAUUCCUUGCAGGAACCAUCCGAGGUGAUGGUAUUUUUGCGUCAGUUAGUAGAGUGGAGAAAAAUGACAUUAAGGAGGCAGUGUAGGUUGAGAAGAGAACUUGAAGAGAUGAAAACAUCUACCAGAAAGUGAUAGAUCAGAUUGGAUCAAUUAAGGGCUUAUUGGCAGUAGAAAUAUAAUUUAAGAUGCAUAUAUGUAUUUUCUUGUUUAAUUUAUAAUAACAAAAUAUGGAAUAGAGAAGGGAAAAAGAAGAAGAAAAUAAAAAAAGGCUUUUUUUUUUCUUUGGCUAGAAUGGCCUUGUAUGUACAUCUUCUGUAACCAGCUCUGUACAAGUGGGCAAUUUGUAAUUCAGCUAUCCUGUCUAAAUGCAAAAUAGAAUUCAGUACA